AAAUUGGGGGGCGGGUCGUUUUUGCUAUUUUCAUUAUACGUUCUUGUGCGUGUGUUCAUCGUGGUAGAGUCUUUCAUCAAUCUCAGGGCAGAGCCGAUAGGGGUCUUUUCGUCGCCACCGUGGCUUCAGAACUUCCCACAUGUCUAG